UCCUUCCCAUUGGAUAAGAAUGCCAUGUCCUUUUACGUCCACUUUCCUUCUGGCUUCUCCUAUGGACCGACCAAGAAAGAUGGAACCUAAAACGCGAGCGAGGAACCCAUCCUUCCUUGGAAAACACAGGCAGAAGCAGAUUUCCCUCCUCAGUGACAGAGGAGCAGCAUGGCAACUUGGAGAAUUAGUUGCCAGGCUCGUUCAGUUCUUUCUGCUGCCGCUGCUGGGUUUCGAGCUGGAGCAACAAGAACCAGAAGGGCCUCUUCUGCACUUGGGGACCCUCUUCAGCACUCUGCUUCAGGUUCUUUCACUGGGGUAAGCCGGAGCCCAUCUGAAAAUGAAAGACUGACUGAGAAGGAGAGGCUUCGGAAUGAUCGACUGACUACAUCGCUUUUUACGAAUUCUCGGGAUUUUUCCACGGCUAAACAUGAAGAGCGGAGGAAGACGUGUGAUGUUGAAACUAUGGCAGAAAGUGGAGCCGACGAGGAUGUCUUCGACGAGAUCAAACUGAGGUUUCUGAGUUUUAAGAAGAACAAAUUCUUGAAAGAAGCACAGCAUUACCAGACUCUUGCAAAGAUUCAGUCGCCAAAGUUUAUGGUAAUUGCCUGUGCUGACUCUCGGGUUUGCCCCUCGAACAUCGUUGGAUUUGAGCCCGGGGAAGCCCUCACGGUACGGAAUGUUGCAAAUCUCGUCCCCCCUAGUGAGUUCGGACCAUCAGAAACCAGUGCUGCCCUUGAGUUUGCUGUAAAAUCUCUUAAAGUGAAGAACAUUCUUGUUAUCGGCCACAGCAACUGUGCGGGAAUUGAAGCCCUGAUGAGCAUGAAUGAUACCGAAUCAAGGAGUUACGUUGAUAAGUGGAUAAUCAACGGGAAAGCUGCAAAGUUACGAGCAAAAUCCGUUGCAGCUCAUCUUGACUUGGACCAGCAGUGCAAACAUUGUGAAAAGGAGUCGAUUAACGAGUCACUGAAGAACUUGUUCACAUACCCGUGGAUCGAAGAGAGAGUAGUUAAAGGGGAACUUGUCCUCUAUGGAGGGUACUAUGAUCUCGUUAACUGUACUUUCGAGAAGUGGACCUUUUAUUUCGAGGGACGAAUGCCAGGCGAAGGGCGCAAGUUUUCAAUCAGAGAUCGCAGUUUUUGGCGUUGAAGGCUUUAUCUUUCGAGAGGGCCCUGGGGGUCGAGCUGACCAAAGUAAAGAUCGUAAAUAUUUGUACAGGAAGCAAGACCAAUUGUAUCUACCAUAACAAAUCCCUGUCAACAAUGCAAAGAAAAAUUACUUACACAUUUUCUUAAUCUAAAUAUAUAUCCAUUAUUUUCACCGAAA